AUGUUGGGUGCCAGCGUGCUCUAUCCAGGGAUUCCGAGUAUUGCUGGGCAAAUGGCCUUCAGCUUCAUCACGAAUGAUAAAAUCGAAGAAGGUGGAGCUAUCCGAGUUGGAUAUCCCACGGACAUUGAGAUCCUUUGCGCUGGCCAGUAUUUGUACCAGGUGGCGAUUGCUGGUGAGGUAACCUGCAUCAACUACAUCCAACAGGGCUACUUCGAGCUGCGCCUGACGCGGCCGCUGCCGCCGGGGCAGCAGGCUUUUGCUGUAACCAGCACCUGUCCUGCAGCAGUCAACGACAAUUACUUUUACAUCGUGAUCCUCACGGACAGGGGUCAGGUAUCAGAUGCUGCCAUGAGUAUUCCUGGGCUUCGGAUCCAGCAUGGCUUGCCCAUCAGUGCCAUGCCACUGAUUUGGGGCAUGGCGGAGCCGAACAGGAACACGUUUGUCAGUACGGGCAUAGAGAUACUGGGAGAGCUUCCGCUCAAGGACCCUCCCAUUAUCAGUGAGAUCAUCAUUCAGAUGCCUCCUGAUUUCUCUCACCAGGUCCAGAAGACCGCGCAGCUGGAGACGCUGACGCAGCCGCUGCCCAGGAGAGACGGUGGCUGGCUGGACGUCACGGAUCCCAGAAGGUUAAGGCUGCUUAUGGACGAGGAGGCCAUUCAGAAGCUCGCAAUCGGGGCAUACAGGUUCCAAUGGCCAAUCAUGGUGCCUGCUGUGAUGCCGAAGUACAAUAUUUGGGAGCUCACGGUGUGCAGCCCGGCCUUGCGGAACGAAUCUUGCACGGGCUCCAACGAUCCGCGAGCUGCAGCCUUGGAUCGAGGGCCUUCUGCUCACUUCUUGGAGCCCAAGGUCUUCAAACGAACAGACUCAUCGAUUCAUUACUUUGACAAUGUGUUGUGCGACUUGAUGUCGCAGAUCCUGCUGGUCGGAGAGGUCGUGGUUGUCACUGAGUCUUACGCGGGCCCAGAUGCAGGUUACCUCCGAGCCCAUGAGGGUGACAAAGUGCAGGUGCUGUACAUGGGCAAGCAGGAGGUAGAGGAGGAGGAGGGGUGGAUCUACGCCCAGAAAGGGCAGGAGGAGAUCAAGGGCUGGCUGCCCAUGUCCAAAGUCAAGACAUGCCGCAGCGACGAUGAUUUGGUGAUCGCUGGGAGGCCACCCUCGCCACCAUCCCGCUGGAUCCUGCUUUGCCAGCAAGGAGAGACCAUCAAGGUCAAGUACUGGGGGCGAUUGGAGAGUGAAGACGAACGAAAUUGGAUUUGGGCUGAGAGGCUGAACGGCAACGACGAAGGUUGGCUGUCACUGCAGAACGUGGAGCAGUUCAAGCAAAGCGCGGCCAAGGAGAAUGGCAGGCCAUGGCGACAGGUGCUGCGAAAGUAUGACUUGCUGCCCUUCCCAGACAUCAGCAAGGAUCGCGAGGCUGAGUACGCCACGUAUGAGAAGCGGAAGGUGACCGUCACCCCCGGCUUGGUCGUGCAGGUGCUUGAGCAGAAGGAUGACUGGACGAAGGUAAUGCUCCGUCAGAGCAUUGCUGGCUGGAUGAAGACGGAGGAUUUGAGCCAAGACGGCAAGGAGCCUCCGCCUCCGCCGGAGCAUCCACCGCCUGCAGUGCCCCCGCGGCCCUUGCGACCAGCGCCGAGGCCCGGCCAGUCAGCACCGGAAAGGACGUCUGAAGCUGGGAAGGGCCCGGAGAAAGUGGAGGUCGAGUCAGGGAGCUGGAGCUUUGUUUGCACCGGGUUCCGGCUCGCGUGGCAGGACCGCAUCAUCUCAGGAGGCAGAGUUCCGACCUGUGUCUCUUCAAAGAUCAGCGAUGCAGAUGCUGCCGGCGGCGCCGCCAGGCAUAUUCUGUUGGGGACCUUCGGACUAGAGACUCUGGACUAUGCCCUUGCAGACAAAACGAUGGAGAUGGGCGGCGGGGGAUCGGCUGACGUCCCGGAGUAUUUGAUCUCUGAGUCUUUGAGCAACAUGGGAUUCCCGUCGGAGAUCAUCCUGGAUGCGCGGAUGUUUCCAGACCCAGAUGCCAUGCAUCUGACGAGGCACUCUGGAAGACAUCACCUCAUCAUCAGUCGCCUAGUCCAGCACAGGAACUUUCGAGUCUGGCUAGGGAUCGCAAAGAGAAGGUUCCGAGAGGUGGUCACUCGAAUCGAGAGACGAGGUCCCAGAUCUGAGAUGAAGCUUUCUGUGGCAGUGUACUGCCGCCGAGGCAAACACAGAAGCGUGGCGGCGGCGUGUAUCCUGCACCACAUCUUCCAAGCUGAAGGUUUCCAGUGUCCUGACAUCAAGCACCUCUCCUACAAGCAUUGGAAGUCCUGCUGCAAGAUGGCAUGCAAGGAGUGCCAGGAGCCACCAGAAGAACUGCAGGGAAUCCUGCAGAGUGCCACGAAGCUUUGGCGCGAUCUUUGAAGCUGCCGCAAUACCAGAGAAAGCCGCGCGCGUGAUUAUGGACAGGCUGAUGCGAUCA